CAAGCGCUGUACCCCCAGUAAUCGAUGACGAGACCGGCUUUUCUCUGCACGUACAGCUAGUAAUCGAUCGAAGAAUCGCUCAGCUAUGUGUCGGUUCUCAUUUGAGGAGGGUAAGCCGCGCGAACGGAAGCCGCGCGAUCCGAAAUCGCCAAAAGUCGCACAGAGGGAAGUGAGGAAACUCCUGGGGGGAUGGCGGCGGACCGACAAGGUCGUCUGGGGUCCACACUACCCAAAAUCCGAAGACGGGAUUCUUGAGCUGUUUCAUAAACUUACCCUUAGUGAGCUAUCACCUGAGACUCGUGGGCAGAUGACAUGCAGAAAGAUACUGGAGAUGAUUGCGCAGAGGAUCGAUGCCGAUAGCCAGACGCAGAUGAUGAUCUUGGCUGGCGCAUGCGACUUGACCUUAAGUAGCAAAAUGCUUGGGGUUUCAACUGUCAACAGAAUUAUGCGCCUCCACUUCAAGGACGAAAGCGACGCGGUGCUCGCUAAAAUACGGAUCGCAGCCUCGAAAUGCCUUCGGCUCCAAGAUAUUCUCUAUCGCCAUGAGGAGGUCUCUCUCUAUGCCUAUAUUUUGUUGGAAUUCCGCAAACCAUGCCUGAAAACUCUUUCUAACUUUACUGAUCAACACUUCUCGAUUUUGGAGGAAGUGUUACGAGCGGAGUCUAUCACGUUCAUCAAACCUGAGACACGGCUGGAUUCGACUUGUCUCCGUGCCCCCAAUGUGAUAUAUGUCCUUUUUGGGGAGAAGUUCCGUGGUGAUGAGGUCGAGCGGUGUCUUAUGAGGUUUUCCGAUCUGGUGGAAAGCAAAGACGCCACUCCGAAGAGAUCGCCGCCAUUCUAUACAUUCAUGCCCCUCUGUGGAGGUCUAGAAGAUAUACGGAAAAGAGCGAGUAAGGAGAUCGAGAGUAUGGACCCAAUUGCGGAACAUAAGCAACUCAAGCAGUAUGGGCAACCAAAGUCAUGUGCGGAAUUGUGCCGUUUCGUGAAGAACCAGGCUAUCAUGAUCGGGACAAUAACGGAAAGCGUUGGCAUGAGAGUUGUGGACUUCAAUCGACCGAUCCAAUCUCAGGCCUUUGAACUUGACUUUGAUUGCUCAAUGGCAGCGGGAGAGUCCCUGGCUCUCGCUGUGCUACUGCGGGACCACGAUGUGAAAAUGAAAAUGGUCCCUGAUAAGCAAAAACAAAACCAAUACCCAGGGGAUCGUGUUGAGGAAGUGGAGUGGAAGCCAGAUCAGAUACUCUGUUACAUGGACAAGGCUUUGUACGCACAGGACAAGGAGAACGGGCUGCCUUUUUUAGUAGUCACACUUGAAGUCAAAGCCAUAGAACCAAUGUGAGAUCUUUGGACUCGACCAUCCCAAGCGCAAAUACGACAAACGCCGAGACAUGCCACUCGGGCGCGAUCAGCAUUUGUGCCCAAGGCAGCAACGGUUGCUGGACACACAAUUGGACCGGAAGGGACUUCCGCGAUGGGGUGACACCCAUAUUUCUUUUGGUUCAGCCACACCACACGGAAAAGAUGGUGUUCCCAGCAGCGCGGUGAUGUGGUAUCUCAUGCUUUGACUUCAUUGGCGGCUGGGUGAAGGAGUCGGUGAGGUGGAGGAAAGAGAAAUCGCACUAGCU